AUGACAAUGAAACGCUUCUUAUUUUUGGCUGCUGCUGCUGGCUUUCUGCCUGUUUUGAUUGUAAGAGCAAAACCACCUGUGGUUCCAUAUAGUACAGUCCUUACUGACUUGGCAACUGUUCAAGAAAAAAUUGUUACUCUGCACAAUUACAUCAGGAGAACAGUAUUUCCGGAAGCCAGCAACAUGGUGAAAAUGAGUUGGAAUGAAGAAGCUGCCCAAAAUGCCAGAAUAGUGUCAAACAACUGUGACUUGGCAAAGAGCAAUGCAAUUAGGAGGCGAAUUUCAAAUACUUUUUGUGGAGAAAAUAAGCAUUUGACAUCUCAUGUUAUCCCAUGGUCAGAGGUCAUUGAAAUUUGGUACAAUGAGUCUAUAGAUUUUCAUUAUGGCUAUUGGUCACCAGUGGUUGAGGAGAAACAUGAUCGUUACAUUCAGAUGGUUUGGGCUUCUUCCUACCUCAUUGGCUGUGGUGUGUCACCAUGCUGCAAAACAAUGUCACAUCAAUAUCUCUAUGUUUGUCACUAUUGUCAUGAGGGAAAUGAACCUGCGACAAAGAAUCAACCUUAUAAGAUGGGAAGUGCAUGUAAAGACUGUCCAAAUAACUGUGACGAUGGACUUUGUACUAACCCCUGCAUCUACUAUGAUGAGUACACUAACUGUCAAAAGCUACAGCGUAUGCACGGAUGCAUCCAGCAGUCAGUUAAAAUGCUGUGCAAAGCCAGUUGUUUUUGUAACACAGAGAUAACAUAA